UAGCCAGGGACGGUUAGAACAACCUCCGGACAGGUCAGACUAAAACCUCCGGACGGGUUAGACUAAAACCUCCGGACUGGUCAUCGUCCUUACCACAGUUAAAUGUUUCACCUUUAAAUGUGUAAUUAUAGACACUUCACGUGCUGUAAUGGAAUCUGGUAGGCGUGUUUCUAUUGUGGUCCCAGAUGUCGGGAAACCUGCGGAAAAACCGAGACGUGUCUCUAUCUUAGUUCCGAAUUCCAGGACAGGAUCUAUAACAUGGGAAUCGUUUGAUAGGACGAGGAGAGCCUCCCGAGGAAAGCUACACGGAUACACCCAGGAGAAGCCGGGGAUGGGGGAGUAUCUGUGUAUUGGUGACUACAUCUGUCUUUACUGUGAGGAAACGGAGGGAUACGUAUACAGCGCCCAGUCAAGCUCUUCAAACAAUGGAUUAUUUGUAUACAUAAAUCAAGAACGGAACCGGCCUAAAAAUAUACCUAACCAACAUGCUGUUGUGUUUCAAAUAUGUAUACAAAACAGAUACAAGCUCAACAAAAAAUACAGGAAAUGGCAAAAUGCCGACAGCAAAGAAAAUUCGUCUUCAACAGAAAGUCCUGUUGUUGCAAAACAGGGUCUUGCACUGCAAGCUCGGUUGGCGGCAGAGGCAGAAAACAAAGAUAACGAGGCAGAACAGGCGAGGCAGUAUGGAAAACGUGUUCGAUAUGGGGAGGUUGUACAGUUAAAACACAUAUUUACGGGGAAGUUUGUCCACAUGAGCACCACACAGACCAGUCAGAAGGAUAAAAACAACAUGAAGGUGUCCCUACAUGAAUUCAAUGCCAAAAAUGCACAGUUCCGUAUUUUACCGAGGUACAAAGUGAAAUCAGAAGGAGAAGUGGUUCAACUGUUUGACCAGAUUGUGUUUGAAAGUGUGAAGUCUCAUGGCCACUACUUCCAUGCUAGUGAAUCCUUUCAGAUUGACCACUUUACAUUUGGUUCUGAGUUAAACCUUGGAGUGGAGAGGUCCAGUUUCACUCUGAUCGGAUGUUACCGUGAACAUGCCGACCAGGAGAGGUUUGUCAGGGGUGGGUCUGUCAUACGCCUGUUCCACAAGGAGUUGGAGGCGUAUCUGGUGGCUGAGGGACUGUUUGAUGACUGCAUUACAGAGGAUGUCCACUUCCGUAUCCGAGUAAUUGACCAGCAUCGGCCAAAGUCCUUGUCUGCAUCCACAUCGGGUAUAACCUACUGGCAGAUAGAAGCUGAGCACAGCAUAUUGGACGGGGACGUUAUAAGAUGGGAACAACAGAUCAGGAUGCGACACCUGUUGACGAGACAGUACCUAUGUAUAGACUCCAAGAUGGACGUGUCAUUGGUGAACGAUGCCAGCGACCCCCGUACAGUGUUCAGACUCCACUCAGUACUCAAGGAGAGGGAUGAGAUCCAGUUUGAGAGCUAUGCCAGAAUAGAACACAUGCUGACAGGGUGCUGGCUGCAUGCACUCAAAGAUGAAGAUUAUGAACGGCGAGGAAUGGAAGAGAAUGGUGAGAGGUCCAUGCAGGGUCUACGAUGGGACACGGCGUCUGUCAGAAAGGUGUCAGCGAGUAGUGAGAGUAUGUAUGACGACGCCUACACAAUACAGGAAGUGGUCAGACUCGACACGUCAAAUUUCAACUUUGUGGCCGGAAUGGUGCCCUUCCUCUUUAAUCUCAUCCAAGAUCUGCAGUUGGCAACUCAGCUAAAUGCAAAGAAAACACAUGGCAUUAUUGUGGCCUUACAAGAGUUGAAGAAUUUUAUGGUGCCUCAAGGACAGCCAGACAAAAACCGACAGAAGCUAAUGAGGAAUUUAAGGGUGAUUGACAUCCUGGUGAACCUCCUACAGUGUAGUCUGCGAGAGGGAGAUGAGGAGAGUCACAUGAUCAGGAUAUUCAAGGAGGCAUAUGAUGUACUCCAUGCCUACAUGAUUGGCAAAAGCCGCAAAAAUGCUCUGUACUUUGCGAAGUAUAUUGACUUCUUCCAAACUCAAUUUACCCAGAAGGGAGGUAUUGGCCUGAAUGUAGCCCAGAUGAUUGUCGAGCUGAUCCGAGACAAGCGUAAAAUAGUAGACAGAAUUACAAAGAAACACAUUGACACAUUCAUUCAACUUCUCAUCAAAAACCAUAACUACAGGUUCCUUGACCUGCUACAGGUGUUGUGUGUGUGUGAUGGGGUGGCAAUCCCCAACAAUCAGAGCUAUAUAGUGGAGCAGUGGCUUCGCAAGUACAAGGCUAGUGUGUAUAUGAUGGAUCGGGGACAGAACAUCAACAAACGUCCAAACAUUGUGUAUGUGUCAACAGACGGGGCCAAGGGCUGGGUGCCACUCAAUGUGUUUGUGGACACGGAGGGACCAGAUUUUGUCGAGGAUGACUACAAAUUCCUGUUACAUCAAUUGGACCUCUUCAAGGCCCUAUGCUUUGGUCGUAACGACUUUGCUGGAUUUGUGAUCACACGGGAGUAUGGUUACCUAACUUGGGAGGAUGCGUAUCUGUGUAUGACUGCUGAACAACUUCCGGAUAUCAUACGAGCAAAGUACUGUGAGCUCAUCAUAGGUCUGUUUGUGGAUGUAGGGAACAACUACUCCGUACUGGACCACCCCAAUAUCUGUUUUGUUUACGAGUAUGUUGGCUCCAAGGAUGCCAAGGUGGAACACAGUCAGUAUGUUGUUAUGGAUCUUGUCACCAUCUUUCCUGUACUGAGAGACUGGUUAGCUGAGUUCCUACGCCAGAAUUGUCAGAUGACUGCGUCUGAUAUAGGCCACAAUCUGCUGAUAGAACAGGUUUUGCGAUUACUUCAACAUCUGGUGAAGUUUGGGUACUACCUGGAUAUAGAUGAUGUCAAACAGCUGCUGACUCCUCUCCUCAGUCUGCUGGACGGGACACAUGAUGUACCGUUCCCCAAGGACAAAGGCAAAGGCUAUACCAAGGACUCACAGAAGCUGGUGACACAGUAUAGAAACAAGGGUAGAUUUGACCAGAGCAAGGAGAACGAGGCUAUUGUCAAUGCAAAAUAUCGUGCCAUGGAAGUAUUAGACUUCCUUCUUACAUUCCAACGCAACCUUAGGCUAAAGGCCUUUGUGACCAAGUUUAAGCAAUGCGAGCAGAACCAAGGCCAUCGGACUUUGGAACCGCUGAUGUACGAAAGCUUCAACCCUCACGACCAAUCAAAUAUGAACCAGCCCACCGGUUGCUGCUGGCCCCAGGAGACAGACAAAGUUAUGGAUCACACUAACAUGGAUGAGAAGGUGGUUCGCCACCAGAAACAGGUGUUGAAGGAGCUCAAAGAAAUGGUGGGAUCCUCCUCCAUAUUUGAUAUAGAGAGUACCACCAGUGUCCUUAAGGACUUGUCUAUGUAUAGCUACGACAAGAUGGUUACCAAGUCAUUGGACAUACUCAACAAGCUCUACUCAUCCCAGAGUGACAUGUUCCAGUUAGCGAGUAAAGCCCAAAUCUUACUCACACAUGACUCAGCCAAAGUCCAUCGUGAAGUCCAGCGCAGUUUACCUGUUCUCCGGAGACUUGCUAAGCAGAAGCUUAAUGAUGAGCAGGUCACAUUGACAGGGGAGAUUCUAGAUGAACUAGCAGGGUUCUGUCACCUACCUAAAAACUUAGAAGAACCCCACUUCAUGAACCAAAACAUCCUUGUCAGCCAUGGAGUCUUACCUGCCAUUCUCGACAUAUUGUCUCAAGAGAUAGAUGCCAAGCUUGUGGACCAACAAUACAAGGGGAUGAAGAAAAUCUUCAAGAAGACUCUAGACCUGUUAGCACUAAUCACACGUGAGAACAGUGCUAUGCAGGAGGCCAUGUUUAACAACCUUGACACUCUCCUAGAGGUCCAGAUUGUCCCUUCCUGUCUCGCACUGGCUCUCAAAGAGCUGUUCAUCGCUAACCAAACCACGUGCUUAAAGGUUCACUCCAAACAGAUCCAGAAGAUUGUGCUGCUGGCGGCACAAUACCAGAAUGAGGCUCCUGAGUUCCUCGAACUCCUCAAGGUCCUGGUUAAAGUAGAGGGGCUUGACCUGACCAUCAAGCGUAAUCAGGCCCUCGUAAUGAAGUACAUCAUGCAGAACUUCCGCAAGGCUGCUUACGUCCUUGACCAACCACGAGACAGCAGGGAACAGAUUUUGACAAACAAGCGAGACCCAGGUCAUCUUGCCUACUUCAUUGGGCUAGUGGACCUGUUGGCCACUUGUGCAGAGGGAGAGAACAAAUUUAUUGAGUCCCUGUGUCAGACAAUUAUGCCUGUGGAGGAGAUUCUGUGGGUACUUAACCACAGGGAUAUCGAUGGUAACCUCAAACAGCCGUUUGUCAAGUACAUGUUGUGGGUGUACCUCAAACCAGCAGGCAAUCUGGUAGAGAGUGGGGCCGCUGACCUACAGCAUGACAAGGAAAUGUGGAAUUUUGUGGCAUCUGCUGCAGACACCAUUAAACAAUUGUCAGAUUCCAUAGCAAAACACAGAGAUCGAGUGGCAUUAUUGCUCAAACAACCACCUGGCAAAAGUGUUGUGGCCGCCCCUGGUGAUAUCAAGGCAGGAUUACAUGGCUGUUUAUACUACGUCCUUGAGGCCGUCCUUCCCUUCGUAGAGGUAUUCUAUUCCAUGUUCUACUCGCCGGACAAAGACCUGUAUCCUGGGGAGAUUGACACCACAGAAACUCUAGCUGGAGGGCUGUCUUCGUUCUGCGAGGUGGCUGGCCAGUUCCUCACCAAUCCUGUCCACAUGAAGGCCAUAGCGGCCUCCAUUACUAUCCUCAUCUCUGUUUCAAGCGCCAACAAAAGUUUAUAUAUUAGCGUGUUGGAGAAGUUUUCUACAGAGAUGAGACUUGGAGACACCAAAAGUGCCGUGCGCAAGGGUAAUAUGGAAUACUAUGCAGGAGAACUGGAACUCAACGCCAAAUUCCACACUUUUGCCAAAAAUAACAACAUCAUCUAUCAGGGGUAUAAUACAGUAGCUGCUCAAAUCAAGUUCAAGAAAUCAAAACGAGAGUACACAGCCUUGGGUACCAAUGAGGAACUGUUACUAGGGGAGGAGUUCCAAAGCCUUGUCAAGUGUUUCAUCGACCCCCAUGAGAGGAAACCUGCCAAGAGGUUCCUUCCAGCUAAAAAACUUCUAGAACAGCUGCAGAUUUCCCAGGAGUCUAUCAGACAGGGCCUCGCUCAGACUGAGGAACUGGACAUCAAGUGUAUGCAAAUACUACGUGCCAUCAUACACAAUGAGGAACGCAAGCUUCCUGAGGACUGGGACACUCGUGCCUCUGACCAGAAAAUCAAAAAACAGCUGUUGUAUAUCAAAGAGGUCCAGAACGCUGUCAAUGUCCAUGGAUUUGUCGAGAAGGUGCUGCCCCAUGUGGCACGGCGGAGUGAUCUCAUCGCACGCGAGGUCCUCGCCUUCAUGUCACUCAUGCUCUUCAACGCCAAUAGGGACGUACAGAAAUCUAUGCUGGAUUUCUUCCUGUCUACAAGAGAAGAGGUAUUUUUCAUGGCUGUACGGGACAGAAUGCAAAUCUCAACAAACUCUAUCAAGGAAAAAUUCUUAAUGGCGAGAAAGUGUCGGCGUUUACAAGGGCGAUCGCUGUUGGCACAACAUCAGGCCCGAGUGAAGGAAGCUUUCAACAAUAUGGGGUCAUUCAAUGCCAGUUUGACUGUUGGACGAAAGGCCCUACAGCUCAUCCAGGAUUAUGAACUUCGUCUAAAAGAUGAAAAAAUGCAGGGAUGGAGUGCCCUAAGUCGAGCUAAAGAACCUCCACAUGACCAAAAGAGACGAAGUAAGAAAAGAAAAAAUAAGCAACAGGAAAGCUUUAAAAAGAGCAAGAAGAUAGGUGUGAUUCCGAAUGGACUGUCACAUGACCAUGCUGUGAUACGUGACAACAGUCACGAGGCCUUACUGAAACCAGAGUCACCGGACAUCACUCCAGAGGUGGAACUCGCCAAUGUCAGUGCAGAGUCAAUGAAGACUGUGGAGAACAUGGUUAGUAACAUAGACGAGGGUGUGGUGGAUAUGCUGGAAUACAAAGAUGAUGGUUACAUAGAGCUAGUCCUCAAACUACUGGCCCGACUCUGUGAUGGUCAACAUAAUGGACUUCAGAACUACAUGAGGGAACAACCAGACAAUGUGAAGUCAUUUAAUAUUGUAGGGGAGACCGCUCAGUUCCUCAACGUUGUCUACUCUACAAUCAACAGCAAAACCAUCGACCUUAUCAUCCAAGUUUUCAGCACACUCAAUGAGUUCUGCUCUGGCAACCAGGAAAACCGUUUUGUAGUUUAUGACAGAAAAGUUGUGGACUAUAUCAACUUUAUCCUGAGAGCUGGAGAGAUUGCUGACUGUGAGCCAGAGAAGAUCCUUGACCUACGGCAGGCAAUUGCAUCCCUGGUGAUCGCCCUAAUAGAGGAGAAUGGUCCUGGCAAAUCACAGGUGGCUAAGCAGGGCAAAGCAGAUGAGCUCAGGUACAUCCACAAGGAGGUGAAGGACACUUUAGACAAGAGCGCCCUCUACAGGUGUAUGACACAAUGCUAUGACAUGCACCAGGCAGACAAACCUAAACUGGACGAUGUCCUAAACGGCGGACCUGCAGGCUCGACCAACUAUCUCAAGUCUGCCAAGUCCAUUGCUGCAUUUGGGGGGAACUUCAUCUCUGGAGUCAUGGCUGGUAAUAAGGAGAAUGCAGGAACCAAAGAAAUGUUGAUGGAAGUUGGUUUCACGUUCUACCUCAUCCUAGCCAGAAUGAUUGACAUCGACCCAUCCAUGCCAGGGAAAGUGGACAUCUCUCCAGAACAGCGAAGAGCAUUUGACUUCUACAAGAAAAAUUCCAUGUCUAUAGAAAUUGUCAAAGAUGACAUUCUACAAAAGGUCAACUUCAGAGUAAAGAACAAGAACUAUUUACGUGAUGAAGUGAAGGAGAGACUCAAGUGGAAUGUGGAUCGUACUUCGCCUAGUAACAAGAUCCGCGAUCUCAUGAGUUGGACCAGAGACAUUAUGAAAGAUAUAAGCUAUCAACGUCGUAUACUUCACAACCCCAUAGCCAUGCUUUUCACCAAAGGAUGGUUACUUUGGAACUAUGGGGCUACAUUCCUUAGUGUGGCUAUCAACCUGCUGAUGCUGCUGACGUGGAACAACAAGGCGACACAGGAAGACUAUGCCAAGUUGGCUGAAUAUGGAUCGACACCUGCUCCGUCACCUGAUGGUUCCACGAGUAGUACCCUCCCUCCUUUAAACUGGGAUGUGUUCAAGGACCCAGUGCCGAGGAUAUCGGGGAUCUCCGAGGACACAUACACUAUACUGAUGUAUGCCCUGGGAGGAACACACAACCUUUUCUCAGUCUUUGUUCUCAUCAGCUACUUCCUGUCCAACCACCCAAGUCUUCCAACUUGUAAAGAGAUCACAGACCUUGUCAGGGGUAUGUUUGGGAAGAAGGAGGAGGUAGAUGAUUCUGGAGACCAAAAAAAGGAGGAGGGGUCAAAACUAGAGGUCAAGUUCCUCAGUUUUACAACGUUUUAUUAUGUGGUAUUCCUGGCGAUGUCUGUGAUGGGGACGCUCUUCCAUGGUUACUUUUUUGCAUUCCAUCUGCUGAACAUUGUCAACAACAAUCAAUUAUUGAGUGGAGUUAUUAAAGCUGUCACUCAAAAUGGUAUAUCAUUGCUGUGGGUGGCCAUCCUAGGAAUGAUUGUCAUAUACAUCUAUGCCUUGGUGGGGUUUGCCUUACUGAGGGAGUUCUUCACGCCUGGGGACUACUUAUACUGUACCAAUCUCUGGCAGUGUACCAUCACAGUGAUGAGAUACGGCCUGAUAGGGGACAUGUUUGAGACAAUUCACCAGACAGAGCUGAGGAACUCAUUUGAGUAUUUCUGGCCCCUUGUUCUUUACCAUGUAUCUUUCUUCAUUUUCAUCACAACCAUUGGUCUUAACAUCAUUUUUGGUAUCAUUGUUGACACCUUCUCCGAACUCAGGGAUCUCAAGUGGAGGACAGAGUCUGAUAUGAAGGAUGUGUGCUUUAUCUGUAGUAGAAACAGCUACGACUUUGAACACACGGGAAAGGGGUUCGACCACCACGUGAAAAAUGAACACAACAUGUGGGCGUACGUGUUCUUCCUUAUCCACCUUGAUGAUGUUAAGACGAGUGACUACACAGCGAUGGAACUUCAUGUCAACAAGCUGGUGGAGGAAGAGAACUACGACUUCUUUCCAAUGAACCGUGCCCUCUGUCUUUCCAGCAUAGAUGUGGAUUCCACGGAAUCCAAGAUAGAUGAACUGUUACAGCAGGUUACAACUAUCGCAAACAAACAAAAACAAGAGGAGGCUGACAAGAAGAGAAAGGUGGAGAAGCUAAAACAGAAACGAUGGCAGGAGAAACACCGCCAGUUUAUGUUCGGUAUUUCUACCGAAGAUAUCCACCGUGAAGGAGACACUGACACUUUACUUGGAGUCCCCUUAGGCCUUCAGCCUAUGCGUCAGCGGUCCCGCCCCUCCAGUAUAGUAGAGGGACCCAUUGCCAGUCGAACACCUACAAGGCAGGGUAUGUCAAGCUUACAGCCCUCAGCAGACAGGUCCGACUUCAGUGACCUACCACUUCCUCCACCACCAAUAAUUAAGAAACCAGACACUUUACAGACAGUACCAGAAAGUCUGUUUGCUCCAGGAAUGUCUCUCGGCCUAGACGGGCAGAGGAGGUUACUUGGUGAUACAUCAGAAGAGGAGGAGAGGGGAUCCGACUCUGACUCCAUGGACAGUCUGGACGGGGAAUUCACCCUGGCACAGGAUGACCCUCCUUCCCCUCCAAGCACCCCACCUCGUGCCCCUCGUAACCGAGCUCUUUCAGUCCCCCAAGUGCAAACUCUACCACAGAUUGACGACGAUAGUGAAGACGAUGGUACACGAUGCUAAUAUACUGCUAUUAACUUCUAACCAGGUGGAUACAGUGUUUAGUGAACAUUGUCUGAUGUUAACCUUCAAGUCAGUUUAUUGUAAACGCUCAUUGAUAAGUUGUAUGCCUUAAUCUAUAUGAUUAGUUCAAAACUGAUCGUCACAUUUGUAUUUCAUUGGGCAUUCAUCAGUUACAGCAGUAGUGCUUGAAAAAUAACAUUGAAACACGAGGUUGCCUGACCUUCUCCUGGACUUUCGUAGUGGACAGAUGUCCAUCUAGUGGAUAACUGACCGCUGUUCUUUAGGAAAUACUUUGUCACAGGGAGAAGUGAUUGAAAAGAAAUCAAAGUGUGAUAUUUUACCGGUUAUUUCAUGGUGAAAACAGUCCUCAGGUAGCUACUGCCACGGUUGUGUUUAAAAGUUUUGACCAGCUCCCCCUUCUGAAUAUCAGUGUUCUCCUUAAAGCUAAUGUAAAUUGUAUCUGAAAUAGUGUUCCUGCAUACAUUUGUAGCUGAUGUUCCUCAUGUAGAUAAUACCUGUAGCCAGUUCUCCUACAUACCGGUUAGUACCCUCUGUAUUUCAUGUUCUCAUGCAAAUCAAACUGUUGGUGGUUAUUGUUUUUAAAUUGUGAUAAUACAGCAUCCUCUUCAUCCUUAUCUUUGUUUGUUUGUUUUUUUUUGUUUUUUUUUUGUGAAAAAAUUGACAGAUAUUUCUUAUAGAAAUGAAUAUGAAAACAGUUGGUUGUCCAUCUCAUCCAAAGAGUGCAUUGUUUUGUGCUCUUUAGACAAUCAAUAUAUAAAUUUAUCCAUAUUCGUACUUAACUGCUCACCCCCAUCCCCAUCAAUGACAAUUUUGACUCCUUCUUUCUCAAUCAUACAAAUGAUCCCCAAUAUCCCUCCCAAAAAUUUUACUCAAUACUAGCUUCAAGUUGAUACUAUUUUCAAAUUGCCUUAUAUAACUGAAUCAUAAACCAUAUUUCCAUAAGACAUUUAUCAAAGUUUUUGAAUUUUUGUUGAUGUUAUAUAAAGAUGUCAUGACAUGGUGAUGUUUGUGAGUACCUGGUAUGUGAACGUCCUAUAUGGUUAGGUCCAACUUCCAACAAAUGAUUAUUGUUAAUGUUUGUGUUUUCUUUAAUUGAUUGCAAUGUGUAAAUGGAAGAUAAGAAAGGCAUCGUGAUAUAAACUUGUACAUCAGAAAGGUUUGAAUUUAUUGGAAUAUGAAUGCUCACAAUCUCAUUGAUAACUCCUGGACAAGAUAAUACUUGUUAUUGAUAUGCAGUACAUAGGCUUACAUCAUAUGUAGAUUUGUUUUCAAAUGUUUUAGUGUGGAAGUAAAAAAGAAAGAAAAUUAAUAAUGAUGUCUUUGAAAUUUGAAAUGAUUUUUUACUGGUUAAGUAUGAGAGGAUAGGUAGAUGUAGCUAUCUGUGUCUGUGUACUUACGUCCAGGUAGAUGUAGCUAUGUCUGUGUACUUACGUCCAGGUAGAUGUAGCUAUAGGUGUCUGUGUACUUACGUCCAGGUAGAUGUAGCUAUCUGUGUCUGUGUACUUACGUCCAGGUAGAUGUAGCUAUAGGUGUCUGUGUACUUACGUCCAGGUAGAUGUAGCUAUGUCUGCGUACUUACGUCCAGGUAGAUGUAGCUAUAGGUGUCUGUGUACUUACGUCCAGGUAGAUGUAGUUAUGUCUGUGUACUUACUUCCAGGUAGACGUAGCUAUCUGUGUCUUGUGUACUUACGUCCAGGUAGAUGUAGCUAUAGGUGUCUGUGUACUUACGUCCAGGUAGAUGUAGCUAUCUGUGUCUGUGUACUUACGUCCAGGUAGAUGUAGCUAUAGGUGUCUGUGUACUUACAUCCAGGUAGAUGUAGCUGUCUGUGUACUUACGUCCAGGUAGAUGUAGCUAUGUCUGUGUACUUACGUCCAGGUAGAUGUAGCUGUCUGUGUACUUACGUCCAGGUAGAUGUAGCUAUCUGUGUCUGUGUACUUACGUCCAGGUAGAUGUAGCUAUGUCUGUGUACUUACGUCCAGGUAGAUGUAGCUGUCUGUGUCUGUGUACUUACGUCCAGGUAGAUGUAGCUAUGUCUGUGUACUUACGUCCAGGUAGAUGUAGCUAUAGGUGUCUGCGUACUUACUUCCAGGUAGAUGUAGUUAUAGGUGUCUGUGUACUUACGUCCAGGUAGAUGUAGCUAUAGGUGUCUGUGUACUUACGUCCAGGUAGAUGUAGCUAUAGGUGUCUGUGUACUUAUGUCCAGGUAGAUGUAGCUAUAGGUGUCUGUACCUACGUCCAGGUAGAUGUAGCUAUGUCUGCGUACUUACGUCCAGGUAGAUGUAGCUAUAGGUGUCUGUGUACUUAUGUCCAGGUAGAUGUAGCUAUAGGUGUCUGUGUACUUACGUCCGUCCAUCUUUCCACUAUAGGUUUAUUACAUUCAAUUCAUAAAGAUAUGAAUUUUAAUUAUUUAGCCUUAAAUCGUUAAUAUUCUGUUAUGCAAAAGUUAUAUUUCAUUAUAAUAACAUCAAAAGUCAUCUCCAUGGAAGACACCCGUUAACAGCCGUAUGAUACCAAUAACUGCUUCUUUUCAUUUGUUUCCCCCCGAUAUUCACACCAGUUCAAAAGGUCAGGAGUAGGACAUUCAAUUGAAAUCUACAUCAAAUCAUGAAUUUUUUGUUGAUUUUUUUUUAAAACUAUAAUUAUCUUGUGAUCUUAUAAAAAAAUCUCUUCUAGGUUGUUUUCCCACCCAAAUCUACAGCAAAGCAAAAUACUAUCUUUGUUAAUAACUGAAAAUAACAGAUCUACAACAAAGAGAAAUACUAUCUCCAUGUAAAUAUCUGAAUGUAGCUUUCCAGAAUUUAUUAUAUAUAGAGAAAACAUUUAAUAUAUAUAAACAAAAGCAAAUCACUUCAUAUAUUGUCAUACUAUUGUAAAGAUUUAUAUAUAUACUCCAUGUGAUAUUUGGACCAGGGUUAAGAGAUGUGCAUUAUAAUCUAUAUUAUAAUUAUUACAUUUUCAUUUAAAACAUAUUUAGAUACAUGUAGAUUAGAGAUGAAAUGGUUCCCUACCUAGCAUUUAUCGUAACAUUACAAUGUUUAUAUAGGUACUAACUGGAACUCCAACAUUGAAGACCGAGAAUGUGAUUUGGACUACGUUAUUACAUAUCGUAGUUUAAAUAUAUCAAACCUGCAUUCACAGUAAUAAGUGAAGGUGAGCUUGUUUUGUUACCAAACAGAGAAACAAGCUUAUUACUGAACAUUGAAUACCAAGAGUGAAAUGAUAUCCAGAUUUAUUUGCCUUAUCACAUUAGAGUAAAGUCAUUCUCAUCGUGAUUCCGUUGUCAUCACUGUCUGUUCAACUAUACAAUAGUUCAUGUGUCCAACUAUUGAUGCUAGGCAAACGAUUUCUAUAAAACAUCAAUAUAGUCCCAAGUUUUCUCUAGAUUGAUGACUUGACCCAACACACAUCAUCCAUUUAUUAUGUACACAGUGACUAAACAUUUUGUUGCGUUUUAUCCACUAUGUUAGAUUUGAUACCAUUGUCAUAUGAUGUUUGAGAAUCCAUCUCAGCACCUGUAUAUAUAUACAUUAUGUACUUAAUCCUAUAUAUUUUUAUGACUGUAUAUAUGUCUCCCAUGGUAACAUGUAUCAACUAUUAAUUGACAUCUUAUUUGGAGAAUAAAGUUUAUAACUAAUGUU